UGAUAUACGUGUGAUAUCGCUCGGAGGUUCGACAUUCCUAUAAGCGCUGAAUUAUAUGGGUCUGGGCGGAGGUUGAUCUCUGGCGCGAAAGGCGCUUUGAGACUGGUGGAAAGUCUACGUGAUAUUAUCUGGUGGCUAUAACUAAUGGCCAUGGCUUCCGCCGUCAGCAGCCAUUUAGCAGAUUUCGAUAUUCCCUUGGAUAUCGCAGCUCCUACUGCUGCCGCUGCUGAGGCGGCUUCCUUAGCAUCGACGAGCCACGACGUUUCCGGCUCCCGCAAAUCUGGGGGAGAUUUCGAUACCCAGUCACAGACGCGAGCCCUAAAUACAGACCAGAGGCCGUCUCCGAGAAGCUCCAGUUCCCAAUCGCCGCAUCAUGCGUCGAAACCGCAGAGAGAUACAGUAAAAGAAGCGCAAAAGCCAAGGCGUGUUCGCACUGGCUGUCUUACUUGUCGAGAGCGACAUUUGAAGUGUGAUGAAGCCUUGCCCAGAUGUCAAAACUGCCAGAAGUCUGACAGGCUCUGUAAACGUGGCAUUCGACUGAACUUCAUAGACACUCAGACAGUUGCUCCUCCAUUCAACAUUGCUCAUCCACCGGGAACUCAGCUUGCCUUUCAGGAUGAGUCAAGGGAGAUCGCUUCAGAGUACAAAGGUGGCUUCGAAAGAUAUCCGCCUCUCAAACAGGAUCCUCUUAUGGAGAAAGAUGAUUCGCCAAGUUUCGAUUUUGAUAUCCUGGGCGCUCCAACGCUUGCUCGAAGGAGUCUGCCAGUCACCCCUUCUCUUCUAUCAACAUAUUCAGAGCCACAUCAGACAGACAUCAAUGAGCAUAUAUUUCACGACGGCUCAUAUUCUGCCCCACAACCUGCUUUCGCAGACCAUACAAUGCCACAUCCAUCCUUCAAUAUGCCUAAAAUGUCAAUGAUGCAGUCUUCAGGCGGGCGGACAUAUCUGAACAGUGCGGAAGAAGUCCUUCUGAUGCAAGUAUUUGUUGAAGAAGUUGGUCUGUGGAUGGAUUCUAUGGAUGUAAACAAACACUUUUCCCAUAUCUUGCCUUUCCAUGCCCUUGGUGAGCCUAUGCUGUUGAAUGCCUUCAUGGCGUGUGGAGCAAGGCACCUCUACCUUGUGAACCCAUCAUAUGGGGAGGACAAGGCGUUGCAUUACUACAAUAUAGUCUCACGGCAGCUCCUUACUUGUUUACAGGACCCAGACAGGGACACUGUAUUAUGUGCUACGACCGCAGUUAUUCUCAAUGUUUAUGAAGUUAUGUGUGAGAAGGCAAUGCAACGCAUGAAUCAUAUCGCGGGUGCUAGAGCUCUCAUCAAGGAGUGCCGUUGGGAUGCGAAAACCCCGGGCAUUGGGGGUGCGUGUUUUUGGCUGAAUGUCGGAAUGGAACUACUGAGUUGCUUGCACUUCAACUGGAAGAUGGCGUGGGAUCCGGAUACCUGGGGUGUCGACAUGAACAUGAGUUUAGUUCCGGGUGGCAUCACCGGAGACGAGGAACUAUGGACUCAUCGGAUAGUCUAUAUCUGUGCCAAGAUCGCAAAUUUCCGUUCGUCAGUCCCGCAGUUUCAGGGACCUGACCGCGUGGCCCACGAUAUUAGGAUCAGUCAACGAUGUCAAGAGUGGAACACAUACAAAAGUUGGUGCGAUGAGUGGGCGAAGAAUGUGCCUCGGUCAAUGAUGCCGCUUGGCUAUCUUCAGCCUUGGCAAACUAAUUCAAAGUCUUCUUUUCCAGAAGUUUGGCUCAUCAAACGCUCCGCUGUUGUUGCCCGGUUAUUCUACCAUACUGCAUGCACACUCCUGGCCAAGGUCCAUCCGACGGAGUCUGAAUUCAGCCCUGAAAUGCGGAAUAUGCAGCAAAGCCAUGCUCACGACAUUUGCGGAAUCGUCGCCCACGUCAAGGACAGGGGCGUCGCGAGCGUUUCCAUUCGCUGUCUUGCCAUCGCAGCUGAAUGUCUCGUGGGCAGAGAAGCUCAAGAAGAAGUACUAGAGAUCCUUGAUAAGAUUAUCAAGGAGACCGGCUGGAGAGUUGGAUUUCUGAAGUCAGAACUCCAAGAGAAGUGGGGCUGGAUUCCAAGCUCCAAUACACCUGGUGGAAAUUCAUUGACAGCUGGCUCUCUGCUAAAUUCCGCCAUGCCACCUAUGACACGGCCAAGGAUUCCCUCCGGUAUUGUCAAUCCGUUGAUGGCUACCGCGGACUUCUCAAUGGAGAACCACCCGUAUCAAAAUCACUACGUUGCACCGCAUAACCAUCUCGACCAUUAUCAAUAUACUUAUUAGCGCAAAAUUUCAACUG